AUGUUGUCAAGUCAAUAUCCCAAAGUUUUAUAUGAUGUAUCUCUUCAUGAUUUUAAAAUUUUUGAUGAUGAUCAUAUAUAUCAAAUGAAUAGUAAAAUAAAUUCUUCAAUAUCUUCUUCAUUAUAUCGUCAUAUUUAUUGGUCAACAGUAGCUGAAUCUGGUUUAAUAACUCAACAAGUAAGCUUAGUAAUAUUAUUUAUAAUACUUUUUAUUCAUUUGGAUAAUGAUAAUCUUCAUCCAAAAAAUAUUUUAAUUAUAAAUGCAUUAAUUGGUAUUAUUGGUUUAUUUCUUUAUCGAAGACAUAUUAAUAUAAAAUUAUUACAAGAAAAUCUUAAAACUUUAUUAAUAUUUCUUUUAUUUGGUUCAAUGGUAUCACCUGUUGUUUUUACAUUAACAAAAACAAUAAGUACAGAUACAAUUUAUGCAAUGAGUACAUUAAUGAUGUUAACUCAUUUAAUAUUUUAUGAUUAUGGAGCUGAAACAGCAAUGGUACAAAAAGCAUUAUCAUUUAGUGUAGCUUUAUUUUCAUCUGUUUGUCUUGCAUCACGUUUAUCAACAUCAUUUCAUACAUUUUGUUUAGUAACAUCAGCUGUACUUGUUUUUGCUUUAUGGUCUGAAUUAAGAAAAUAUAUUAAAAAAUCAAGUUUUCGUAUAUUUUCACUACUAACAAUUGUACAUAUCAUUGGAUGUGUAAUAUUUUUAUCUCGUCUUUCAUUAUUAUGUACUAUAUUAUAUAUAUUAGCUAUUAUUUUUUUAACAUUUCUUUGUCCAUUAUGGCUUGUUUCAUUACAAAAAUUUAAAAUAUCAAUACGUGGUGCAUGGGAAGAAGCUGUAGUUGUAGAACAUAGAAAAGAUAAAUAUGAUUGA